AUGCAACCAGAAUCAAAAAAACAAAGAUUGCAAUGCGAAUUUUACAUGGAAAAGAAAAAAAGAAGAUGUGGUAUGUCUCGUAACUUGUCUUCCAAAUAUUGUUCAGAACAUCAAAUUCUAAAUGAAAACACUAAAAGGAUCCCUUGUCCACUAGAUCCAAACCAUACCGUUUGGGAAUCAGAUCUCGAUUCACACUUGAAAAAAUGUAAUAAACUGAAAUUGAUUCAUCAACAUGAUAAUAAACCAUAUUUCCUAAAAGAUUGUAACGCAAUUACAACAGAAGAUUCAAACACAACUGUAAUUACAAAAGAUUCAUUGCAAAAUUGGAUAAUGAAAACUAUACCAGUUUUAAAAAAUUUCUUCAAAGAUGAUGAAAAAAACUAUCUAUCCAAUGUACCACUAGAUAUUAGAAAGAAUCACACAAUGGAAGAUAAAAGAUUCCCACAAUUAAACGAAAAUGAUAAUAUAGGUAAAAAAUACCACGCUAUUCAACAAUCCUCAUUGAUACAAAACAUGAUAGAUAGAAAUAUUUUGCAAUUUAAGGAAAAUUCAUUGGCAAAUUUCAUAGAAUUUGGUUGUGGGAGAGCAGAAUUAUCUCGUUACGUUAAUCAAGUAGUAAUUAAAAACUCCGAAGAAAAAAUAUAUAACCCACAUUUCAUAUUGAUUGAUAGAUCUACAAAUAGAAUGAAAUUCGAUACAAAAAUGAAAAAGGAUGCUUUGGAAUUCAAUCAAAACUUAAAUCCUCCAACCAUCACAAGAAUUAGAAUCGAUAUCAAAGAUUUAAAAAUUGAUCCAUUAUUACAAAAGGAUUCAAAAUAUAUUGCAAUCUCGAAACAUCUAUGUGGUGUAGCAACAGAUUUAACUCUACGAUCCUUAACCUACAACCCAGAUGAUAAUGAUUUCUUGCAAGGUGUCUGUAUUGCAAUGUGUUGUCGUCAUGUCUGCAACUCCAACAAUUACGUAAACCCAGAUUUUGUUAAAUCAAUCAUUGGAAAUACAAAUACUGAAGAACAAUUACCAUACGACCAAUUCUUCCACGCUCUAACAAAAAUUGCUGCUUGGGCUACUUCAGGUGAUAGACCAACCUCAUCAGAUGAAAAUAAUACACAUUUCACCAACUUGCCCUAUACAGAACGUCAGGAAUUGGGUUUAAUGGCAAGAAGAGUGAUAGAUCAAGGUAGAUGUGAUUGGCUGCAACAAAAACUUGGUGAAUCAUUCAAAGUAGAACUGAUAAGAUAUGUAGAACCUUCCAUCUCUUUGGAAAAUGUAGCAUUAUUAGCAUAUAGAAAAUAG